GUGUGUAAGAAACUGACGGGGUUACGAACUAAAAUUUAAUACAGUCCUUUCUAGAAAAUCCAGUUUCUUCACAUACUGGAAUUUACAGAGUCUUGUGGUAUUGUAGCAAGUAGUCCUGUUGGCAAAAUGCAACUUAAGAGAAUUGAAAAUCACCUUAAGGUAGUAAUCUUUGAUGGUACUCAAUGAAAUGCUCUGUCUUUGACUUGUGUGUCGUUAGACACUUAAAAAUAAAAAUGUGUAUAUUAAUUUGAAUGCAUUGCUUUUUAAAUUUGUGCAUUCUUUAUGCGUGCAUUAAUUCUUUUAUUAUUUCAGAUCUGCUCAAAACAUAUAGGGAAAUACCCAACUAUAUAUGUGAUACUUAAAACUACUCGAUAGUAGAGAAUCUACAGCAGUGCUUCUGGAUUGUCAGUAAUCAAAUGAAUUUUGAGUCUUCUGAAACCAGAAGAGCCUGUCAUUGCUUCCUGUUUUGAAUGUCGGUCUAUAUGUACACUGUACAGUUAGACAAUGGCAGUCACGGAGAACAGACCUUGAUUCUAUGUAAUACUGCAGUUACAGAAACCUGUUUUUUUGUUGGACUGAUUUAUAAUCAGGUUCUAGAAAAAGUUUACGUUCGUCUUCGAAAAACUUUGGCACAGAAUAAAGAGAAGUCAUGAGGCAAAGGAUUUCUGCAGUGUUUUUCAGCUGUUUACUCCUUGUCCUUAGUUUUAUUGCUUUACGUGCAAGUUUUCAAUAUUUUCCUAAGGUUUCCUUUUUGAAAAACCUACCAGUUUUAAGUCAAGCAACACUGAGACCCACGGUUUCUCUGGAUGACACACUCAAUUAUGAGGCCAGGCAAGAUGUUCAGACACGCACAUCAUGGAAUGCUCCUAUAAUAUGGGAACUCAUGUUUGACCCCAAUUUUUAUGACAAGGAACACCUGGAGGCAAAAACAACUGUGGCUCUAACUGUGUUUGCAGUCGGAAGGUACUUGGACGCCUACUUAAACACCUUUUUGACUUCGGCCGAAAAACACUUCAUGGUUGGACUUCCUGUAACCUUCUAUGUGUUUACUGAUCAACCAGAAAAAGUACCAAACAUCACUUUAGCUCCUCGGCGACACCUGAAAGUGAUCAAGGUGGAGAGGUACAGCAGGUGGCAGGACAUAUCAAUGAUGAGGAUGAAGACCAUAUCAGAAAUAAUUGAAAAAGAGCUCCGUCACAACUUCAAUUAUGUCUUUUGUUUGGAUGUAGAUCAGGAAUUUAAGGGGCGCUUCGGCUCUGAGGCUCUCGGGGAGUCUGUGGCUGUGCUGCACGUCUACUAUUACAAACUUCCAAAGACACAGUUCACCUAUGAUAGAAACCCCAAAUCCAAAGCCUACAUGACAGAAGGGGAUUAUUAUUACCAUGCGGCAGUCUUUGGAGGGUCAUGCGAUAAAGUUAAAGCGUUGGCAGAUUAUUGCUAUUUGAACACAAUGGAGGAUAAACUGAACAAUGUUGAAGCUUUGUGGCAUGAUGAGAGUCAUUUAAACAAGUAUUUCUGGCUUAACAAACCCAGCAGAAUACUUUCUUCUGAGUACUGCUUUGACCCACUGAUUCAUUACAAGACUGAAGUCAUAGUCCCUCGUUUAGUAUGGGCACCAAAACAAUAUGCAAAACUUCGCACUUAGGGCAAAUAUUUAAGAAAGAUAAAGGACAAAACCAAAUACCUCAUAUACAGUGAGAGCUGAUGUAUGUUAAAUCUCAGGGCAAGAUGACAGAAAUUUGCAUGGUUACUUAAGACAUGAGAAAGUAGGAGAUAGGUCACUUAUUUGAAAAACGUCUGAAUAUUCAGACAUGGUCUGGGGUCUGCAUCACCGAAGCUCUGGAGCCACAUUUGGAUCUUUUACCCCAUCAUUGUGGCUCUCUGGUUAAAGAAAAGUAAAAAGGGGUUUGUAGUCAUAAAGGUAACAUUUUUGGACUACAAGCCACAUUAGUUCAACUCAUUUACAAACAGUUAAAGCAUACAGUAGUACGUCUCACGUCACCUGGCUCCUGACUACACAAUACCCCAACAAUCCACUAAGCGGUGUGGCUUUCAAGUUUACCAAAGUCAUUCUAAAAACAUUUUGACAGAUUUUGGAGCGCCGUGUAUCAAACAAAAUCAAUUGGUGAUCACUAACCACAGCCAGGAUUCCUACAUAAGGUGCAUCAAAUUAUUGAUUUUCCUAAGUGUGCCAAAUGGUACGAAAAAUACGGAACCUACUGUACUUGUGCAUACAAACACAGACAUGUAAAGCAUUUCAUUCUAUCACGCAUACUAUUUGUGCAAAGGUGAGCUGGCAUCUGUGCUCCAGUAAGUGUGUAUGUUCUACUGUGGUGGAUGAUGAAAGUUUAUAAGGAGAGUGCCCGGUCACCCCACACCGAGCUUCUUUACCAAACUCCUUCACCAAGGUGACCCUGCUGAAGCAGCAGCCAGGACCCCCAGAUGUAGAAGAUAGAAAAAUCUGCCCGUCGGGCAAUCACAUCAGACACCCAGGCCAGGUCCGCCACAGGGACCCCCAACACCAGAGAACAGGGAACAGGGGGGGCACAGGAGCAUGGAGAGUACAAGCUCCUGCCCUGCCAGAAGAAUAUCUCCCACUGUGCCAGGCUGGGUCCCGCCCACGGAGAGACCCCUGCAGACAAGCACGCCACAACCACCUCGGAGUUCACGGGAGAAUCCCCCGACGCUCCAGGCAACCACUCCCCACCCUGCAGAGAGUCCAAGAGAGAGCAAGGCAAGGGCCAUAAACAAAAUUCAAAGCAAAUUAAAAAUCAUUUCGUGUGUAAAAAAAAGCAGUCAAUAAACGGAUGGCAGGGUUGAAGAUGGUUCAGGCAAACAUACUUUUCUUUACAGGUAUUUAACAUUGUGCAAGUCAAUGAGUGCAUUAGACACACACCCACAUUCACACUGACACACCUUGGAUUACCUGUCAACAACAACACAAUUGUGGUAAAGAGACCUUUAUCUUGGUUCUGGAGUUAUCUUGAACAAAAUGUUGCCAAAUAAACUUUAUAUGAUCAAACGUU